CAAUCAGGACUCACCAAUGGAAUAGAAUUUCUCAAUUUUUUGCAACAUGAAACUGCAAAAUUCAGGAUCUAUGAUUGGUAUACCUGGAGAUGGAAGGUGCCUAUUCCGGUCAGUAAUUCACGGCGCCUGGUUGAGAGCAGGGAAGCAAUCACCGAGCGACAGCCUUCAAAAGGAACUUGCAGAUGAGCUUAGACAUAAAGUAGCAGACGAAUUCGUUAAGAGAAGGGCAGACACUGAAUGGUUUGUGGAAGGUGAUUUUGACACAUAUGUUGUACAGAUGCGGCAGCCACACAUUUGGGGAGGAGAACCUGAGCUGCUAAUGUCUUCUCAUGUGCUCAAGAUGCCAAUUACAGUUUACAUGCGCGACAAAACUUCUGGUACCCUCAAAAUUAUAGCUGAAUAUGGUCAAGAAUAUGGCAAGGAGAACCCAAUACGUGUCCAGUACCAUGGCUAUGGACACUAUGAUGUGUUGCGCAAUCCAGUUGGUGGAACUCCAUCCAAGCUGAGCAAGAAAAGAUGGUGCAGCUGAAAAAGGUGAUAGUAUUAGUUGUGAUUUGCAGUCAUAGUGUUGUCAUAUGCAGAUUCAGGACCUGUAUAUGUGAAGAUUACUCUUUGGUAUUUGAAGUGGUUGAUUAUCUUCAUGGCUUUACAAACUA